GACGACGCAGCGACGCACGGGCGUACUACUACCGUGGUGGUGUCACCGAACCCGCUCGUCCGCUCGCGCUCUCGAGAUCGCCGAGACGCAGGCCGUCGCGGGAUCGCGACAGGCGUUCCCCUUCCCCGCCCCCUUCUUUCCCCUCGCGCCCGCGUGUGCCUGGUGUGUCGCGUUUCGCGUUCGCCGUGUUCGCGUUCGCCGCAUUCGCGAGAUCGCCUCGUUACGGUCCCGUGCACCUCGACGCCGUCGGGACACCUUGUCGGAAGGGCGGGAGCGAGACGAAAGGAGCGAGAGAGAAAGAGAGAGAGAAAGGGAGAGAGGGAGACAGAAGCGCCCUGGCCGCUCGCGAAGGAUCGUCCUGCACGACGUUCCCUUCUGCUGCUGUCACUUUCGUGCCGAGACCGAUACGGAUCGCGCGGCGGCGUACUCCCGACCGAUGCCCCGUCGACGGAUUCAACCCGGUGGCGGUGCGGCCGUGUUGCGCGUCCGUUGUUAGUGCAUCAUGUGAUUGCUUCCACGGGGUGCUGUCUUCGCCACGGUGACGGAUAUUAGCCAGCGUGAAGGAUGCAGGAACUGGCAUUCCCGCGCCGAAAAGGGAUAUUCGCCCCAGUGUCGGUGUUGGUGCUGUUGAUACUACCAUUGGUCGAUUUACCCUCUGCAAACGGAUCUUGCGAGUUUCCAUCGAGUUGGUCGGGAGAAUGGUAUCAGUAUGGAAAGCCUUCAGUCUUUAUAAACACGACCGUUCUCGGGGAGCGAGCAUGCAUCGAAAGGACAGACGACAAAUACGUCGUUUAUUUCAGUGGCGAAAAUUGUUUUCAUUGUAUGAUCAUCAACGGACGCCAUGAGAAUGUUAUUCAGUAUCGCGAAGGUUGGUGCAGCCUGGAGCGAAAGAGUUUGGAAGAGAUGUGCACGAUGAUUUCCUCGGACGAUCCGCUCUAUUCGAUGUUCCGUGUGAACUCGAAACCGAUAUCUUGCCCAUUCAGCGGAGCGUCGUUCACAUUCACGUACAAUCGGGGUUACGGCGAGUGUGCUAUGCCUAUAAGUCUCGCGGAGAAGUGCACCGACGAGAGCAAGCUCCUCCUCAAGUACCAGGCCUGUCCCGACGUUACGGGGACCGAGAGCAACACCGAGGAGUUACAAUGCCUUGCCAUUUGGAACGAUGGUCGAAAUAAAUAUCUUGUGGGAACCUUGAAAGAGAGGAGCGCAUUGGGUGACGGAAAAACUUACAGGUGUUUCCUAUACGAAGAAAAGUCUCAUCAUCAGGGGAAGAUGAUUUAUUUACUUGCACAGUCCGGCGACCCGACUUGCAACGGCCUAACCACAGUUUCUGAAGGUUCACCUACCAUAAAACUUAUUAAAGUCGACAAAGAGCACAGUAGAUGCAAAUAUCCGGCCUGGGUAACUCAACACCAUGACUGGCACUCUCUCAAUGGCACGAAAAGCUAUCACUUUACAAACAAGAACGCCACACUGAGAGUAAAGAUGCAAGCGCAGAAUACUGACGGCGAAACCAUCCACGAGGAAAAAAUCGUUUGUCACAAUUUGGAGAAGGUAUACCCGAACGAUAACAAAGUGAAACUGGUUGCUCAUGUCACCAGUGGCUGCGACAUUGGUUAUGUUUGCAUGAUAUUUCACAAAAGAGACAGUCAUAUCAUCGAGAUACAGCAGUCAGAUCAAAAAGCGAUUAUGCCGGAGGAGGCGUGCUCAAUCUCGGAUCCCUCCACGAUGCCGUAUACGACCUUAAUAACCACGUACUUGCAUCAGAGAAGAUGUCCUAAUUCAGGACGAUACGAGAUUCUGGAUUUUGCUCAGUCGCAUGCGUUGUCAGCCGCUGUACCGAGACGGCAGCAACGUAGCGAGCUGUCGAGGACGACCAAGAGGCGGACUUGGCAGGACAACAUCGAGGACGUGGAAUGCAGAAAUACGGAUAUUCAAGUAGGCUGCACUUCGUCCGAUCAAGCCGAAAUAAUAAUCGGCAACACGUGCGAACAUGAGAAGAUUGCCUAUUUUUGUCACGGCAGCUGGGAAGAGAAAGGAAUGUGGUAUACGAUAGCGUCGCAACGGAAUCCCGAAAUUCCAGGCAGUUCGGGACAAACGUUCUGUUUUUCCAUGCUUCUCGAAGGCGUUAGAGAUAGAGGCGGUAGGCAGAAGCCACAGGAAAAAGAGUUAUGGCUAUCGAGGCCAUCGCGUACUUGUCAAAGAGAAGCUAAGGAUGAAUGGACGUAUAGACUGUCAAAUCAAGGAGUGUGUGAGGACUUAAUGAAGGCUUCAAGCGCAGCAUCUGCCCCAUCGUUGUCGCAGCUUCUGUUUAUCUUACACAUAGCAGCUUAUGCCGCUAUUAAUACGCUACGCGUAUUACUUUCGAGAUGAUCUGCAGCUAUUAUGUAAGACUGUCAAAGUACUGUAAUUUCCAGCACGAAUUCUCAGGUAUUGCGUGUUUCUGGAAGUGUAUAUAGCUCAAACAGUUUGAUAGCUAUUGUGACCGAUCGAUGAGCUGUCAAUACGUAAGUAAGAGGUGGGAAAUGUGCAGCUAAAUAACUAUUACCGACAAUAUUAAUUUCCAUUUCGUUGAAAGCCUAAUUACGUAAAUCAGUGAUUACGAUAGUUCCCAAUUGAAAAUGGAACGAUUUAUACACGUUCGCAAAUUAUUUUUUUAUACAUACAAUACUUAUUGUAAUUUACCGCAGACUAGUAUUCUAAACGAGUGACCAAACUCUAGAUUACUAGCAUUUCCGAUAUAACGUUUAUUAGCUAUAUACGUACUGUCUGAAUUGUCGAUUAAUACAAUCGUGGAUAAUUUUUUAUUGUUUAUAUUGUUUUUUAUUUAAUUUUUUAUGCAAAAGAGAGUCGAGAUAUAUUCAGGACUAGGCAAAGACUCCAUAGAUAUGUAUUUCAAAUACAAAAAUAUUCUAUAAAAACUAUAUAUUUCAAAUAUAAAAUACUGUUGAAAAAUGUGGUUAAAAAAAAUACAAAUGAUAUUCUUGAAAAAAUCUGCUUCAGGCUGUAAGAUAACGAAAUAGUAUUUCGUAUCUUAAAUAUUCGCGCCACAUACGUGUAUUUGAAAUACUACCUAGUCCCAAUAUAAUACUUUUGAAAUUACGAAGGUGUAUAAUGUAAUUAACGCGACAGCCUCGAAUCACGACCACUUCUGAGUAUUUAAACUCGAAGACUCAUGUACAUUAUUAAGUACCAUCGCGCUACUGUAAAUACGACCAGGGUAUAAGUAAUCGAGAUUUCAAUUGGAUUAUUUUCGAGUAAAGAUUGGGAUAUUGCUAUGUAAUUAACAGUUCGACAGGUUGAAUUCGUACUCAGAUCUAACGUAAUAUAUAGCACAUUAUAGUUUUAUCUCUUUUAGCUAGUAUAUAUACAAUUGUACAUAAUAUAAUUGAGAUAUUGUAUAAAGACUGUUUCUAAAAGAGUAUAACAAGUAUACCGCUCACGAUAUUGCAUUUUGUCACUGGGAAUGCGUGCGUUUUCAAGUAUAUUCUCGAGACCGGCCUCGCAGUAGAAGAUCCGCGAGAGUACGACACUCGUGCUACGUGUUAUUGCUAUAUACAUAUAAGUUCGUAAGCCAAAAUAAAUUCAAAGAUAAAGAUCAGCAGAUUGAGAUCGAGAUCCGAGGAUAUACGGUGAUUGCGCGACCGGCAACCGCGGCAGGGCGAAGACUCGACACGUGAAAUUGUUCAUUUUCAUGAAGAGAUACGUUGCCAGAGAUUUCAAAGAUGAACAACCAGAAACUUGACGAGAUCCGCCAGCUUAUCCUGGCGUUAUUGGUCUCCCGGAAAGGCGCCACAGCUUCUAGAGAGAGACUAUUAUAAUGAGGAGAAGACCCGUAUACCGUAUCGUCGAUUCGGUUAUUCCAAUAUAGUGGAAUUUCUUCAAAGUUUCCCGGAACAUUUCAUUGUCGAGCAGUACAACGGCGGUCACUACGUACGCGGGAUUCCGUCGGAGAGAAGUAGGCACGUCAGCUCGUUGGUAUCACGCCAGAGGAUGAGAGAGCCAGAUACAUCCCACCCCGUUUACGGCCGCCAUUUAAUCGGCGUCCUCAUCAAACGGUGUGAGUCUACAGGACGCUGUGACGGUCGUACAGCGGUCAGUGCCAUUCGUCAGUAUUUCCGCACAGCAAUUACGGGGGCAAUUACAAUUGCUGUCGCAUCAGUUGCGCCUGGAUGGCAACAUGAUUUUUCCGAUCUUGAGUAACGAUUCGCAUAACGCGGCCCAGCAGCAGCAUACUGACCCAUAUAUCCUCGGAUUGAUCAAAAAUAUCUUAUAAUUUUUUUUAAUUUAUAUGAAUUAUGAAUAUGAAAUUUACCGGAGAUGGCACUACAUGGAAAAUUUAAGUUUUAAACUUUCAGCUUUGUUAAGAGAUACAUGGAAUUAUUUUAUUAAAAUAUGCCAAUUUUUUAAAGUUACAUAGAACAGGGAAGAGAUAAGUUUCCCAUAAUUCCUUUUUCUUCAAAAAUUACUAAAAAUUACUCUCGGCUCUAAAAAUUAGUAGCUUUUGAAGAUUAAUAAUUUGAAUAUGCUUUUAGGAAAAUUAAAGACAAAAAUUACUGUUACGUUUAUAAAGUUAUCGUAUAACACUGUACAUCGGUCGAUGUCAUUAAUCAAUGUUAUCAAGCGGUAUAACAAAGCUUUUCGAUGGGCUUAACGAGCGAGUGUGGUACAUCUGCGGACGCAUUAAGACUUGUACUAGUUGCGCGUGAAUAGUGCUUUUGCAUCUCUAGCAUAGAGUUAGUGGAUGUCGGAAUAGAUAUUGAUCACGCAUCUCAUUAUCAUCAUCGAUGAUAUACACAAUUCGAUGUGUGUAUCGAAUUCGGAUGCGCGGUAUUAGCACGUUUCGAUUUAUGCACGCUGAAUAUGUAUGUCACGAUGAGGGGAUUUCCUCUGGACACCGGGUGAUACAUUUUUUUCGGCAGCCUGAUACGCGCGUGAUCUCUAGCGCGAGAUCUGUGCGCGCUGUACAAAUACUGGCGAUUGGGACUUGUGUACUUCGCAUGCUUUUUUUCUUCUACAUUUUCAUGAAUUAAGAUAGCGUAACGACUAAUGAAGAUACUUACGGUCCGCCGAUUGACUCCUGAGUAACGUUAUUUGUGUAUCAUCGUGUCUCUACAUUCCGUAUAAUGUACUUCAAUAUACAGACUCGGGUGGUGCAAGAACUUCAUCGCGAGGAUGCGAUUUAUUUGAUGUUUCGGAAUACUCAUUUUAGUAGCAGUUAAACGUUAUUAAAAUGCCAUGGACUUUUGUUCCCAACACUUCGAUUGGAGAAAUAAUGCGACUAAAACAUUAAGAUUUAAAGAUGCUAGUCUGAUUCGCGUAACGUUUGGCAACGUUAGGGCUAAACGGCCCAGCUUCGCGGAAGCGUAGAUGGCAGAAGCAUUCGGGAGCAUCAACUAGAACGCAUCCUGAGACGCGUACGUCCACGAAAUUUGUACCGAUUCGAGUAUCAAGUAGAGAUAAUAGCGUAAUAAGCCUAAACGAUAUCACGAACGGGGAAGGGGAAACGAGAAUACGGUCCAUCACGCGAACCUCAAUGGUUUUAUAUUUUUCUCAAACGACACACACCGAAAGAUGUACAUAUACAAAGUUUUAUUGAUCAUACAUGUGUGUGUAUGUCAUACAUAUGUACACACACGGACACGUACUUGCAUACAUUAUGCCACGUGCUCGCGUAAUUAAGGGGAACGAUAUAAAAAAAGGGCAGCGAGUAGAGGAACAUAUAUCUACGCGGACACACAUUCUAUUACUACAUUUUAGUCGGAUCUACAUCCAUUAACUCUGUGAUAUCCAUCACAUCUAGGCGCAAAUGAUGACAGCCAAAAGAGAGAGAGAGAAAAAAAGAAAAACGAACGAAACUGAGCUCUAAAGGCAUUUUUUUAUUGUAUAUAUCAUAUAUAUUUUCUAAAUAAUGGACUGUUCCGGAAUUCAGGAGAUUUGUUGACGAGCGAAAGUGUAUGGAUUCGAAUUAUUAAAUAUUUGAGCAUUUAAAUAACGAA